GACAAAAAUUUUAUUUUCCAUUUAAUUCCUUUUUUGCCUUUUCUCGAUACAAAUUAGUUUCCAUAUCUUUGGAGAUGCCACGACAAGUGCUGGAACUAAUCGACUAUUUUGCACCAUUUGCUGCUUUACUCAUGUUUGCCUUCGCUAUUCUCUUUUUCGCCUUCUUCCUUGUCAACUUUUACUACAUAAGUGACAGGGACUCGCUAACUGUAUUUGAGAAGUUCGGCGCUCAAUUUGACAUAUGUCUUGGCCCUCACUCCAUGAGCGAUAUUUAUCGCGGAGGCCCAAAGUCGCAGUUCGACUUGCAGAAAGUUGAGCCAGAGGAAACUGUUGUGGUUCAAAGAGCAGGACGAUCAUCUGAGAUGAGAGGAAAAUUCUAA